AUGUCGGCACCUUACCAAGGCUAUCCUCCAUACGGCGGCUCAUCUCAACAUCAGAAUCCAUCAUCUCCCUAUUCCAGACCUCCGCCAUCUACACCCUACCCCGCAUCCCAGCAAUCUCAACAAUCCCAGGGCUAUGGCCGCCCGCCUCCGCCCCCACCCCAAGGCCAGCCCUAUCCAUCCGCUAGCUCGCCCUACCCGGGUCAGCAACCGGGACAGCCUUAUGCUUCCCCUAGCUCGCCCUAUCCAGGACGACAGCAAUACCCUGGACAACAACAAUACCCCGGACAGCAACAAUACCCCGGACAGCAACAAUACCCCGGACAGCAGCCGUCAUAUGUACAAAAGCCCCUUGCCCCUGCACCACUGCUUGUCUCUAACCAGGCACCCCCUUACCCUACUCAGGGAGCUCCGUACCCCGGUGGCCAGGGCCGUCCUGGACCCUCACCUGGACCACCAAGUGGACCACCACCAGGCCAGUAUGGCGCACCCGGUGGCGCCCCCCAGUCUGCAGCUCCCCCGGCCACUCAGCAACAGGUCGCAGCUUACCGAUCACUUUUGAUUUCCACGAUUCAAGAGAAGAAUAUUCAAAGCUUCUACCCUCCGGACCGACUGGAUCGGCUUGUUCAGACGCUUGCCGCCGAAGCACCGGGCAAGCUCAACAGGCUGAUUCAUGAAUGGGCCGUGCCCAUGGAGGUUGCGACCGAUGUCAUGAAGCUCGCGCUGUUUGACGUGAUUCUCUACGUUGAUGACAGUGGAUCUAUCGAAUUCGAAGAGAAGGGACUCCGAAAGGAUCAACUCAGACAGAUCCUCGGCAUCGUAGCUACUGCUGCAUCUACUUUCGACCAGGAUGGUAUUUCUGUCCGAUUCAUGAACUCCAGUGAGGUUGGCGAUGGCAUUCGUGACGCAGAGGAUGUCAACCGUCUAGUGUCCCGAGUCCGUUUCUCGGGCCUGACUCCCUUGGGCACCAACCUGAAGACCAAGGUCAUUGACCCGAUGAUCGUUCAACCCGCCCGGGCCAACCGCCUCGACAAGCCCGUGCUGGUGAUCACCAUCACCGACGGACAACCUGCGGGCGAGCCCCAUGGUGCCGUGGGUGAUGUCAUUCGCUACGCAGUGGAGGAGACCUCGCGGACCCGUUAUGGCCCCGGCUCCGUAUCUUUCCAGUUCUCGCAGGUGGGAACGGAUCAGCGGGCUCGCGACUUCUUGGGCUCUCUGGACGAGGACCCUCACAUUGGCCACCUGAUCGACUGCACCUCCAACUUCGAGGUUGAGCAGGAUGAGAUGUCCCGUGCUAACCCACCCGUGCACCUCACUCGCGAGCUUUGGUGUGCCAAACUGAUGCUCGGUGCUAUUGAUUCCUCCUAUGAUACGAAGGAUGAGCGAGACAACGAACGUCGUAAUGCACCUCCACCUGCAUCGGUCAGCCAGUACGGGGGAGGAGGAGGCUACGGUCAACCUCCGCCACCCCAGGGCCAAGCUCAGCCUCCGUAUGGUCCGCCCCCUGGUGCCCCACCGACUUCGUACGGUUCCCAAUCCGGCUAUCCACCACAGGGUGGUCAAUACCAACAGCAAUCCCCCCAGCAGCCACCCUACCAGGGAUCGCGGGGCUAUGGCCAACAGCAACAGCAGCCACAUGGGUAUGGGUCGCAGCCUGGAUCUGGCUAUCAGUAUGGUGGACAGCCACGCUAUUGA